AUGGCUGGACGCAAUGCAAGGUCUCGAUCUCCGGCCUCGCUAUCAGAUGUCACCUUUGUCGCCUCGGUUGUAAAGGUUUUGAUUUCGAUUUCGACUCCAGAUCCGGCACCAAAUCCACCUGACCCACCCGAUCCCCCUGACCCACCGGAUCUAGAUCACUGCCUCUUUCGACUUUCAACCCCCGGCAUCUCCUCCAUCUCCCUUCCAAUUACGCGUUUCCAUAUUUUAGAUCUCAGCUCUUCUCCUUCAAAUUCAGCCUAUAUAUCGGUCUCAGAUGUGGUCCGUUUGAAGCUCUUUGCUAUCUAUGUGGUUCUCUUUCUGGCGUUGUCCGGAGGUUCUCUCUUCGCGUCUCUGCGAUCCCUUACUGCUGUGUGCAGGCUAUUUCGGAUCUGUUUCGGCUUCGAGCUAGUCUCGAUUAGGUACAAUGUUUACUUCUUGCUCUCGUUCACUCAUAUCACUAUACCCAUUCAGGCGAUUUGUGAACAAUCUAGCCGUCUUCCGUCUAUGGAGUCUUCAAGCGUUAUGGUUAAAAUCAGUUUUACUAUCUUUGUUAGAGUCUCAUCCUUUGUGGGUGUAUUCUCAAAAGAUUUGGUAUGCUUCUACGAUCCUAUAUAUCAUUUGGAUGACAUCAAUGUUCUCCUCCAAGGCCUUUGUGCUGUCUCUUUUCGGGACCUUACUUCACUUCUGGCCAAGUCCAGCGAAGACUCCCUUUCAUCGUUGCAGUUUGUGCUUCAAGAUCCCAACACAGCUAGCCGUAUCUAUGUUCUCUCGAUUUUUGUUGCCGAGACAUUGGUGAUCAAGAAGGCUCUUUUAGCUGCUGUAUUUUCAGGUCCAGUAAGACCGAAUGUGUUAAGCGACCCACAAGUGCUCAUCUCCUUGAUCAACUUCGAAAGAAUAACGAUUAAGCUUGAAGAUUAUUUCUUCGAGAUAAGCUUUUUAAGCUUCUCAUCUUCAACUAUCUCUCUCUUUUGA